AUGAACGCAAUUCGAAGGGCAUCCCUCAGCAAGCCCGAGGAGGCUGGCAAGGCAUGGCCUGCUAUCGCCAUCGGCUUGUUUGUCGCCUUUGGUGGUGUUCUCUACGGUUAUGACACAGGUACCAUCUCUGGUAUUUUGGCCAUGCCCUACUGGCAGCGACUCUUCAGCACCGGCUACACAGACGCCAAGGGCAACCCCAACAUCACAACUGGCCAAGAGUCCAGCAUCGUCUCCAUCCUCUCAGCCGGCACAUUCUUCGGCGCCCUCUCCUCCCCCUUCAUGAGUGACUACAUCGGUCGUCGUCCCGGUCUCAUGAUCGCCACUUGGGUCUUCAAUCUCGGCGUCGCUCUCCAAACUGCUGCUACUUCUAUCCCCAUGUUCCUGGCUGGUCGAUUCUUCGCCGGUUUUGGUGUCGGUCAAAUUUCUGCUAUUAUCCCUCUGUACCAGUCUGAGACAGCACCAAAGUGGAUUCGAGGUGCCAUCGUCGGUGCAUACCAAUGGGCCAUUACAAUUGGUCUCCUCCUCGCUGCAAUCGUAAACAACGCGACAGGCAAGCGCAAUGACACAGGAUCAUACCGUAUCCCCAUCGCCGUUCAGUUCGCCUACUCUCUCGUCCUCUUCGGUGGCAUGCUCAUCCUCCCCGAAACACCUCGAUUCCUCAUCAAGAAAGACCGUCACGAUGAUGCUUCCAAAGCUCUCUCCAAAAUCCGCCGUCUAAGUCCUGACCACCCUGCUAUUCAGGCUGAGCUCAGCGAGAUCAAGGCGAACCACGACCAUGAGAUGAGCCUCGGAACAUCUUCGUACCUUGACUGCUUCAAGCCUCCUAUUCUUAAGCGCCAGUUCACUGGUUGUGCUCUCCAGGCUCUUCAGCAGCUCACUGGUAUCAACUUCAUCUUCUACUAUGGUACCAAGUACUUCGAGAACUCCGGUAUUUCCAGCGGUUUCAUCAUUUCCAUGAUUACAUCAGCCAUCAACGUCGCUUCCACUAUCCCUGGAAUGUACGCCAUUGACAAGUGGGGUCGUCGCCCACUUCUCCUCUGGGGUGCUGUCGGCAUGUGUGUCUCCCAGUUCAUCGUCGCCAUGUCCGGUACCUUCUCCACCGGCCAAGACAGCAAUGGAGUCAUCUUCGUCAAGAGCUUGGCUGGCCAGAAGGCUGCCGUCUCUUUCGUCUGUAUCUACAUCUUCUUCUUCGCCUCAACCUGGGGUCCCCUUGCCUGGGUCGUCACUGGCGAGAUCUUCCCUCUCCAGACCCGUGCCAAGUCCCUCAGUAUGACCACUGCCACCAACUGGCUCUUCAACUGGGCCAUCGCCUACUCCACUCCCUACCUCGUCGACUACGGUUCCGGCAAGGCCAACCUCCAGUCCAAGAUCUUCUUCAUCUGGUUCGGCUGCUGUUUCCUGUGCAUCGCCUUCGUCUACUUUUUCAUCUACGAGACCAAGGGUCUGACCCUCGAGGAGGUCGACCAGCUCUACGACGAGGUCAGCGUUGCUCGAAAGUCCCUUGACUGGAAGCCCCAUGACACCUGGCAGCACCGCAACAGCGUUGCCGGAGCUGGUGGCAAGAUGUUCAACGAGGGCCACGAGCAGGGCGAGGUUUCUCACACCGAGAAGAAUGAUGUCUAA